AUGGGAAACUGGAUGAUCUUUCGUCAUGUCCCGUCAGAGAACCCAGAAGGGAGCAAUGAGCGAUCCCUUGAAGAGAAGGCCCUCGUGAGGCGCCUUGAUACGUUUCUGUUGACAUUUGGCUGUCUUUCUCAAGUUAUCAAAUAUCUUGAUCAGCAGAACAUCAACAAUGCCUACGUGUCGGGCAUGAUGGAAGAUCUAAAUCUCUAUGGAGACGAGUUGAAUCUAUUCACGACAUACUUCAACGCAGCUUAUUGCGUGAUGCUCAUUCCAUCACAGAUCAUCCUGACCUAUGUUCGGCCAAGCUUGUGGCUACCAGGAUUAGAAAUCCUCUGGGGUCUAUUUACCGGUCUGGUAGCCAUGGCCACAAGCGCCAAACAGAUCUAUAUACUUCGAGUAUUUCUUGGCCUCUGCGAGAGUAGUGCGUGGCCGGGAAUGAUGACCUUGCUCAUGUACUGGUAUACUCCAACAGAGCUUGCCAAGCGCAUGGGCUUCUAUCACUCCUGUCAAGCAGUCGGACAGAUGAUGUCGGGCGCUUUACAAGCAGCAAUCACGGACACUCUAGAUGGCCGCGGUGGACUGGCCGGCUGGCGCUGGUUGUUUGUGAUAAAUUCCAUCAUAACAGUCGUAUGGGGCUUCGCCGGAUUUUUCAUGAUCCCAGAUCUUCCCAACAAGCCUAAUCCCCGAGCAUUUUGGUUCAGAAGGGUCCACGGCGAGCUAUCAAUGGAGCGAUUAGUUCGACACGGUCGUGCCGAACCAAAGAAGAUGAGCUGGGCGGGUGCCAAGCGCGCCUUCUCGGGCUGGGUGAUUUAUUUCAUCGCAGUCCUUUACAUCGCAACUGUCUUGGGAACAUACGGAUAUGUGUACUUCUCACUAUUUCUGAAAUCCCUCAAAAACCCAGACGGCAGCGCCAGGUGGACUGUUGCCCAAGUAAACGCCAUCCCAAUCGGGGGAUCAGCCAUCAAUGUGGUUUUCGUCUGGAUUUGGGCUCUGCUUUCGGAUUUCCUGCGCUCGCGAUGGACUCUGAUUGUUGCUCAGGGUGUUAUUGGUAUCAUUCCUUGCAUCAUAAUGAGCAUCUGGACUUCCCACCCUGAUGCUGUUCCACUUUCUGCUGCUUACGCAUCUUACUUUAUAUCCUUUAUCUGUCUCGGGACGGCACCGCUUAUCUUUGCCUGGUUAUCUGAUCUCAUUCCACAGGAUCCUGAGGCCCGUACACUGAUUGUUGGCGUCUCAGUUGCAGGGUACUAUGCCAUAUCGGCUUGGUCCCAGGUUCUGGCUUGGCCUGCGUCACAAGCACCAUAUUACAAGUAUGGCUGGCAGUCGGCUCUUGCGCUACUGGUCCUUGUGAUUGUGAUGACAAGUUUACUGCGCUUCAUUGAUGUUAGAUAUCUUCUUCCAAAGCGUGCGGCGUUCUAUGACUCUUUGGAAACCCAGGGGGUAGUUGUUCAAGAUGGCCUUCCAGGACCGUCAGCUGGUGAUCAUGAACAAGGGCAAGUUCCAGAUGCUGACCGGAAGACAGCAAAGACUACCACUAUUGUUGAAUAUUAG